AUCCAAAAGAUAGAGUGAAGCUUUGCUUUGCUUUGCUUUGCCUGCUGUUGCCGUUGCCAUUGCCAUUGCCAUUGCCGGCACUCUCUCUUUCUUGCCUUUUAGCAGAGUCUUUGCUUUGCUUAUUAACAUAUAUUCUCUUUCUUCUUCUUCUUCUUCCCUGCUCUCAUUCUUUCUUCUUCUGUUAAACAAACCCAAAUACUAAGUCUUUGUUGGGAUUUGUUGUAAAUUUCUAUCAUUUCUUCUGUUUUUUCUUCAGAUCUGUGACCAACCCUUUUUUUUCCUCUUUCAUUCUCGUUGUUUUUGUUUGUGUAUUUGAGAUUAGAAAAGAACAAAAAAAAAAUGAGUAAAGAAGAGUUUAUGAAGAUCCAAACUUGUGUCCUCAAGGUUAACAUACACUGUGAUGGAUGUAAGCACAAAGUGAAGAAAAUCUUACAAAAGAUUGAAGGGGUUUUUAAGACCACCAUAGAUUCUGAGCAAGGUAAGGUAACAGUGUUGGGAAAUGUAGAUCCUAAUGUUCUAAUAAGAAAGCUUGCAAAAUCAGGGAAGCAUGCAGAGCCUUGGGGUUCUGCAAAAGCUAACAACAAUCAAGCUCAUCUUGCCAACCAGUUCAAGAACAUGCAGAUGCUUGAUAAUGGCAAAAAAGGUGGAAACAACAACAACAAGAACAACAACCAAAACAACAACAAGGGUGGUCAGAAAGGGAACAACAACAACAACAAUAACCAGCCGAAAGGUGGUCAGCCGACACCUCAACAGUUGCACCAGCAUCUUCAACAGCUUCAACAAAUGAAAGGGUUCCAAGAUCUGAAGCUGCCUCAGUUGAAGGACAUGAAAAUGGGUCCUAAUCCCAACCAACUCCAAAACAACAAAGCUGUCAAGUUUGCUGAAGAGGAAGAUUUCAGUGAUGAUGAUUAUGAUGAUGAUGACUUGGAUGAUGAUUGUGAUCUUGAUGAUGAUGAUUUUGAUGAUGGCGAUGAGUUGGAUGAUCCUCGUCAUCCAGUUAACAAGAUGAAGGCUAUGAUGGGGAAUAAUGCUCCUCCUAAAGGAAUGCCCAACAACAUGGUGAUGUUGAAUGGCAUGAUGAAUGGUAAUCUUCCUCAGCUUAUGAAUCCCCAAAAGGGUCCUCAAAAUGCUGCUCCUAAUGGUGGGGGUAAUGGUAAGAAAGGUGGUAACGGUGGGGGUGGUGGUAUGCCUGUUGGUGGUGGUAACAAUGAGGGUAAAAAUGGGAAUGGAGGUAAGAAAGGUGGUGGUGCUGGAGGGAAUCCUAACGGGGGGAAUCCAUAUCAAGGUGGCGGUGGUAAAAACGGUGGUAAAAAUGGCGGUGGUUUACCUCAGGAGCUACAGAAGAAUGGUGGUAACAACGGUGGUGGAAACGGUGGCAAAAAGGGAGCUCCCAACGGUGUUUCCGAUGGGUUCCCUACCAUGGGUGGCGGCGCUAAUGGAGGGAACAUGAGUCAACAACAAAGGGCUGCUGCCAUGAACAUGGCAAUGGGCCAAAUGGGGAGCUUACCCCAAAUGGGUAACAUCCCAGCAGUGCAAGGGUUACCGGCAGCAGCCAUGAACGGCGGCGGCGGCGGCGGAGGGUACUUCCAAGGAGCGGGUCCGGAUGUAAUGCCGGGUAACCCAUACCAUCAACAACAACAACAACAACAGUAUUUGGCAGCAAUGAUGAACCAACAACGUGCAAUGGGAGGAGGAAAUGAGAGGUUUCAGCCCAUGAUGCAUGCUAGGCCACCCGCAGCUGUGAAUUACAUGCCACCAUACCCAUGUCAAUAUCCAUACCCGUAUCCAUAUCCCCAACCUCAAGCUCAACCUCAACCCGACCCUUAUACCCACUUCUUUAGUGAUGAGAAUACCUCAAGCUGCAAUGUUAUGUGAAGAUGAUGAUGAUUUGGAUUUUCAUUUUACCCCCUAAAAAAAAAGUUCAAGUUUGAUGCCAUAAUAUACUUGAAAAUGUUUUUUUUUUAAUUUUAGUUUUUAUCUUUUCUUUUUUUAAAUUUUAUGUUGGAUUAGGGGUUAAAUUAUGAUAUAGAUAAUAUUUUUGUUGAAGGUUUUAGGGGAGGAUGAUAAAUGUUGUAAGUGGAAAGUCAGUGGUGUGGCUUUCCUUUUUUAUGAGAAUGUUGUUGAUAUUAUAUAAAUUAUAUGUAGCAAUACAAAUAAGAUUAACACAAAUAAA